AUGAAGGGCUUCCUCCGUUUGGUUUUGGGCUACCUGGCGGCGGACCUCCUCCCCCCUCUCCUGUGUCAGGCGCAGGAGAAAGUCGGCCAGCACCUGGGCAGCAUCGUGAUGCUGUUCGAUUCCGGCGGGAACCACAGCCGAGCGGGUGAGCCUCCACCCGCCGACGCCUCGGAGCCGCCCCCCAGCCCGGAGGCAUGCCGGGGCUACUUUGAUGUGAUGGGCCAGUGGGACGAGGCUUUCAACUGCAGCGUCCGCGGCUACCCGUUUUGCUGUGGCACGUGUGGCUUCCGCUUCUGCUGCCAGGAUCAGAAGAGGCGGCUGGACCAGGACGUUUGCACCAACUACAUCAAGCCCCCCUGGCUUAACGGGCGCAAGAUGACCAACCGCCCCAUGGACCCGUCCCACGACCCCACCCGUGACAAGACCAACCUCAUCGUCUACAUCAUCUGUGGGGUGGUUGCCGUGAUGGUUUUGGUGGGCAUCUUCACCAAACUGGGGCUGGAGAAAGCACACCGGCCCCAGCGGGAACACAUGUCCAGAGCUCUGGCAGAUGUGAUGCGACCAGAAGGUGCCUGCAUGACGGAUCACAUGGAAACCGAUCUCAAUAUUGUGGUUCACAUGCAGCAUUACGAGAACAUGGAGACGAGAGCACCUGCUAACAACUUAC